UUAACGGGGAAGGAUCCUCCGAGAAGAUACAAUCUCAAGGGUGGGCCUGGAUGUGGGCUUCCAGAGACCAUCUCCCUGAACCAGAUCUUGGGGAUGCAGCGCCCCCUGGCUCGCCUUCGUCAUUCUGGACAUCCGGGCUCCCGCGACAAGCGCGCAGCAAGAGUCGCCAGCGCUCCCGAGGCUCCCCUCCGAGCUCCUGCGUGCCCUACAAGGUCCACGCCCUGGCAACCUUCGAGUGCCUGGCUACAAGCCAUGCCAGCCGCCUGUGGGAGCAGCUGCAGCAGUUCUGGGCCGAUCACAUCUCGCGGCCCUUCUCGCCACGGCGGCCGCCGCUGCGCCGCAUGUCUUCCCUGUCCACCUUCUACCUGCUGGACCACAACACGCGCCAGGCAGAGCUGGGCCUCGCCUACGGCGCGCCGCGCAUGCGCCUCAGCAACCAGGCCUUCGUGUUCCGCGGCGGGCGGUGGACCACUGAGGGCUCGCUGGCGCGGACGCGGUCGCCGCUGCUCUCGCGGACCGCCUCGAGCUGGAAGGCGCAGGUGCAGCAGACCAAGAGCCAGGUGUUGCUGGAGGAGAACAACUACCUGAAGCUGCAGCAGGAACUGCUCAUGGACAUGAUGACUGAGGCCAUAGCGCGCAUGCACUUGCUGGAGAAGCAGCUCAACCCCGAGGUGACCCCGACGGCUGCGGCGCGCGCCUGGCAGAGGAAGAUGCGCAAGCGCGCAGGCGCCAGCGGGGGCGUGCUCAUGAUCCAGCCGUGCGUUCUGGACUCGCAGUAACGAAAUAAAGGCCGCGCUACGCAUGCGCGC